ACCGGUGAACUCUUGAUACCGGAAAAGGGCGGGCCCUCGUCAACUACGGCCGCAGACGCUGCGGUGAACUUUACCGGCGCAGACCGCCCACCCCCCCACCCCCUGGACCAAAUCCUUUAUCUCUGUACAAUCUUCACACUAUGGGCAGUGUGCUGGCUGCUGCCUCCCCUGCUCCCGUCCCGGCCGCGGCUGGAGGUGGCCAGGGGGUCCCGGGUUUGGUUUCGGUGCCUCCCGGUUUCACCAUGCCCCCUGUGUCCUCUGUUCCUUCGUCGUCUGAGCUACAGAUCACCGAUGUGGAGCAGUCGUCGUCGCUGCCCAACCCGGGCACUUAUGAGGAGUGCCACCGCAAAUGUAAAGAGGUGUUCCCGAUACAGAUGGAAGGUGUCCGGUUAGUUGUGAACAAAGGCUUGAGUAACCACUUCCAGGUGAGCCACACCAUCACCCUCAGCACAUUGGGCGACUCCGGCUAUCGAUUCGGCUCCACGUACGUCGGCAGCAAACAGACUGGACCGGCCGAGUCGUUCCCGGUCAUGGUGGGAGACAUGGACAACACGGGGAGCCUCAACGCCCAAAUUAUCCACCAACUCACCACCGCCAUCCGCUCUAAAAUAGCCCUUCAAACUCAGCAGCAUAAGUUUGUGAACUGGCAAUGUGACCUGGAGUACCGUGGGGCCGACUUCACCUCUGCCCUGACGUUGGGAAACCCGGACAUCCUCGUAGGCUCCGGCAUCGUUGUGGCCCAUUAUCUCCAGUCCAUAACAUCUGCGCUUGCUCUCGGGGGUGAGCUCGUAUACCACCGGAGACCGGGCGAGGAGGGAACGGUCACAUCCCUCCUGGGCAAGUACACAGGCAACAACUACGUGGCCACGGUGACUGUGGGAGGAGCAGGAUGCCACGCUACAUACUAUCAUAAAGCCAACGAUCAGUUGCAGGUAGGUGUUGAGUUUGAAGCCAGCACGCGGAUGAAAGAGACCACCGCAUCUUUGGGUUACCAGCUAGAUGUGCCCAAAGCCAACUUGCUCUUUAAAGGCACUGUGGACAGCAACUGGGUUGUAGGCGCCACGUUGGAGAAGAAGCUGCCGCCGCUGCCCCUCACCAUGGCGCUUGGAGCCUUCCUCAAUCACCGCAAGAACAAAUUCCAGUGCGGCUUCAGCGUCGUCAUCGGCUAGACGGGCCCCAACCCGGAGCCGGAGCCGGCGGCGCCGCCGCCCCCUCGGAAACCAGCUCACGGGCCUCAGCUCGGACCGGCACAGAGACGCGCACACACAGGAACCCGGAUUGAGUUUCUCCCACCAUUACAUUCAGAGACGCUCUUUUUACCACAGUGAUUUUUGGGGGAAGGCGCCACAGACGAGACGGACGGAGAAGAUCAGCGACACGCUGGGACUGGCCGAGCCGUGUCCGUCUGUCUGCCUGCAUGGUGUAGCACUCUCUUGUCUUUUACUUUGGAAGGAACGCCGACCAGAGGGAGGAGUCACGUGGAUGUCACGUGAAAAUCAAACCGAGUCUGUGUUUAGACGUUAAUAUAUGGUGAUCGUCUGUGAUGGAGGCAAAUAAAUGUCAUGACUUUUUCUAAUGAU